AUGCGGCGCGAGCUGAGCCAAAGAGGAGCCAGCUGCCAGGUCCAGUCCAGCCGAGCCGAGCCGGACCGGACCGGACUUGGACCGCGGGCUAAUCAGCGCUAAUUGACCCGAUUGCUAAUGCCAGCGGGGACGGAACACGUGACCUGAUUCGAUCACGUGCUUGUCCUUCUCGCCCACCUUCCGCACUCUGGAAAGUCAUCUCAUCCUUGACCAGCUCACCGCGCAUGUGAGCCAUCCGAGCAGAAGACUUCAACAACUAUCAAGAUCUCAUUUUCCCCCUGAUGUACUCACUCCUCACUCCCCACCCAGGCGACUGCGGACCGCGUUGUGGCUUGCGUUCGGGUUGAGGCUCGUCUUGCUCUUGUGGGGUACAUAUCAAGACGCGACCUCGGCGGUCAAGUACACCGACAUCGACUAUGCCGUGUUCACAGACGCGUCCCGCUGUCUCGUCCACCCAGCCACCACACCGGGGUGUACACUCGCCUCCGGGCCGUCGGUGAACGGUGUAGCUCCUACACAGUUCUCAGCCCUAUCAGGAUGGAUCGGUAACCCCUAUUCACGCAAAACCUAUCGCUACACACCCCUGUUGGCCCUCUUGACCUCCCUCAACAUCCUCGUCCACCCUAUCGCCGCCAAACUCCUCUUUGUCUUCUCCGACCUCCUCAUCGGCUACCUCCUCCACUCCCUCCUCGUCCUACGUCACAUCCCUGCUCCUAAAGCGACCCAGUACGUCGCAUACGUCUGGCUCUUCAACCCCAUCAUCGCCAAUAUAUCCACGCGAGGAUCCUCCGAAGCAGUCCUAGGGGUGUGGGUCAUUGCGACCCUGUUCUGGGCCGAGAAGAAGAAUUGGUUCAAGACGGCCCUCAUGUUGGGUCUCGCAGUACACUUCAAGAUAUACCCCCUCGUUUACGCUUCGAGUCUGUUGGGCUAUAUCGCCUCGCAUGAUCGCUCGAGUGGGUACAGUGGGUGGUUCGGGAAGAAGCAGUUAUUCUUGGCUUUCACCAGUGGUGCAACGUUCAUGCUGCUCAACCUCGCCAUGUACCUCAUGUGAGUUGCAAGUGUUCGCCAGUUUUUGCUGAUGUUAUAGGUUACUAACCCCAGCUUCACAUCCAUAGCUGGGGAGCACCUUUCAUAUCCCAUACGUUCCUCUACCACCUCCAUCGCCUCGACCAUCGCCACAACUUUUCCCCCUACUUCUACUCCUUUUACCUCUCCUCCACCUCCACCUCCCUCCCCACAUCGUCAACUCUCCUAUCUCUCAUCCGCCAUCCUCUCGCCUCCUUCAUCCCUCAACUAGGCUCCUCCAUCACCUUGGGAUUCUUCCUCUCUUCCUCCAAAGAUCAGACCCGUGAUCAGUCGUCCCCCUCGGACCUCCCUUUCAUCUGGUUAAUCCAAACCCUCGUCUUUGUGACCUUCAACAAAGUUUGCACCUCGCAAUACUUGCUCUGGUACAUUUGGUUCCUACCACUUGUAUUACCGGACCUCAACAAACCAAUCACCCCCUCUACAAAAUCAACCUCAACAACGAAGCGUUUCGCCCUCCUCUCCCCAACGACAGGUUGGAUCCUGGCACAGGGCCUUUGGCUCAGUCAAGCGUAUCAGUUGGAAAUCUUGGGUUGGCCGACUUAUUUGAGGGUUUGGGCAGCCGGCGUGGUCUUUUUGGGAAUCAACUGUUGGCUCAUCGUUAGUCUCAUCAACGCGUAUACCUCGCCAUCCGCGACAACGACAACAACCACGACCUCCUCAACGGCCAAGUCCAAAUUCCAAUAA